GACAACACUCAUCCCAAGAGACUGAUCGUGCCGGUUUCCAGUUUCUUGAGGUCCAUGGCUCCAAGGUUCAUGAUCUAUACAAAGCUUUAAUGUUUUCGGAUUUUGUGCAUGAGAAAACAGGUCCCUACACGAAAAUCCCGCCCACUCUGAUUGCCACGUAACCAUUUUUGUACGGACAAUUGCUCAGCUUGACGAAAUCAUCGACUAUAUUCGCAAAAGCCGGAACCCAGUGCACCGAAUACGUGCUGAAGCUGGAAGGAGGACCGGUGCUCCCGCAUUGUGCAGAAAUGAUGACUCAGUUCAUCCGCUCUACGAAAUUGUGCUCGACAGAGGAGAAGCCAGUAACAAUGCAGGUUAUGGAUCGACAUACGAGUCAAGGAAUGUCUGAUUGGACGGACGGUGCCACCAAUUGGAAUACUGUGACAAUUGCUGAGAAUUGUGUGAAAUUAACUAAGAAUUAA